GCGGAAGUGGUCGGGCGCGGUCGGCGAUGGCGGAGGGAGGCGCGGGGCCCGGGCAUGGCGGCGCCGGCCCUGGGCUGGCCCUGGCCCUGGUGGAGGGCACUGCCGGCCGCGCCGCCCGCGUCGGGGACCCCGACGACCUGGUGGCCCUGGCGCGGCAGGUGCAGCAGGCCGAUGACUUCGUGCGGGCGAACGCCUGCAGCAAACUGGCCGUGAUCGCCGAGCAGAUCCGGCACCUGCAGGAGCAGGCGCGGAAGGUCUUGGAUGAAGCUAACAGAGAUGCUGAUCUGAACCACGUGGCCUGCAACCUUGUGAAGAAGCCAGGAAACAUUUACUACAUGUACAGGAGGGAGAGUGGGCAGCGAUACUUCUCCAUCCUGUCUCCUAAGGAAUGGGGAACCACUCCCCACGAAUUUCUCGGUGCCUAUAAGCUCCAGCACGACAUGUCCUGGACUCCAUUUGAGGACAUUGAGAGACGAGAUGCAGAAACAGCCAUCCUGGAGAAGCUGCUGAGCCGGCAGGCAGCACUGCCCCCCUGCACAGAGCCCAACUUCCAGGGCCUGACCAAGGCACAGGAGUGACCACACAGGACCCCCUGAGCAGAGUCCCCGGGUGAGGGGACACGGGGCCUGGGCACUGCCAAAGGCAGGGCAAGGAAAAGAGCCCAAGAAACAAAAAUGCUGAUUGCUCUGUGCUUUAAGGACACUAAUUAUGUAUUCAAUCCUACUGGAUUUUCUGGUAAUUGAGUAAUUUAUUAUGUUGACCUGUGCCCAGCUGUACUGAGAGGCAGGUGGUACCAGCUGGUGUGAGUUCCAGAGGGCUUGGAACGUCCUACCUGCCUGGCUCUGGUGUACCUCACUGUGGCAGGUAAUGAUUCCAGGGCUGGAUUUUGCCCCUUGUUAAAAUGCACAUAUUUAUGGAACUGUGUGGCCCAGGAAGAGGCAUCAAAACCCCAUGCAAAGGGUCUGCUGUGAUGAGAAUCUGCUGGUCUCUGUCCCAGCUGGUCUGAACCCCUGAGCUGGGAACACGGGUGACCUGGAGCUCUGUUUUCUGGGAAGAGUGUCCUCAAAAGUGCCAUUCAGGCCUCAGGUGCUCUUCAAACAAUGUGUGUUUCACAGUCCUUGUGCAUUCCCCUUGGAUUUGAGUGCAUGAGCUGCCAGGUGGAGACAAGGCACAGAUGCCUCUGUGCCAGAGCGGUGGGGAAAGUAAAAUAAACCAGUCUUGAUCUCAGAUGU